CGCAGACGCACAAACACCACUGACAGGCACUGCUGCGCCAUCACCAGCCCCCAAACCUCUCCAGGGACUGCGAUUUCCACUCUGCUUUUCUUUUUGAAAAACAUAACUUUGUUAUGCCUGGAUAAGUUUGUUUGCCCACUUUUAGCGAGUGGUGGAAGGGCGUUUUAUUAUCACCACUUUAACUUUUUUUCCAGCGUAGCACUUGGUAGAAUAAAAUGACACAUGCAAGGUGUAGAAAGCCCCCGCAGGUACGGACGGAGUUGAGGAGCCUGUGAUUUCUGGAGUAGGAUUUGGAUUGUGGGGAAACUUGGCUAUAGGUGCGCAAAACUCGAAGGAUAUUUUUUUAUGAGCGAAGGGAAUUUUUGGAGAGGUUGACUUGUGAAUCAUUUCCACGCUUGGCACCGAAUUACGGAGACGUUCCGGGAUUUCGGGGAGCCGGGCGGAGAAAAAAACUGGAUAAUUCACCCCAACAAGGAAACACCUAAUGUUGCACUCCGUGACUCUGUUGCUGCUGCUCUCCAGUGAUAUAUCCUUACACUGGGAUUCAAUCUCCUACUUACCCCCGGAGUUGUGUGCGUAAAGGACGCGCCAGGGAGCGAAAGCAAGAGAGAGGGGGGCGAUUUCGCCAACCUUUCCAAAUCUGUGGAAGCAGGUGUAUUUCAGGUGUAUUUCUGCGAGUCAAGAUGUCUGUGCUGCCUUCGAGGUUCAUAUACCUGUGUUUACAUUUUCUGGUACUCUAUUUCCAGCUACAGGAAUCCCAGCAGACCUCUGCUGAUUUCAGGAUUUACAUCGAGAACCACACGAGGAACCCGGACGACCUGAGCCGGAAGCAGGUCCGGAUCUAUCAGCUGUACAGCAGGACCACGGGGAAACACGUGCAGAUCCUCGGGAAGAAAGUCAACGCCAACGGAGAUGAUGGGGGCAAGUAUGCUCUCCUUGUUGUCGAGACGGAAACCUUCGGGAGUCACAUCCGAAUUAAAGGAAAGGAGAGCGAACACUACAUCUGCAUGAACGAGAAGGGCAAAAUAGUCGGAAGGCCCGAUGGACGGAAGCAGGAGUGUGUGUUUGUCGAGGAAUUCCUGGAGAACAACUACACGGCCCUCGUGUCGGCCAAGUACAAAGGAUGGUACCUCGGCUUCAACAGGAAGGGGCGGCCCAAAAAAGGCUCGCGGACCACGCAGAGGCAACAGGAAGUCCACUUCAUGAAGCGCCAGCCGAAGGGCAGGCUGGACCCGCUGGAGGAGUUUCGCUUCACUCCAGUUACUAAGCGGACACGAAGGGCUCGGCGGUUAAAAACCAACUCCAAGAGGAACUGAUGGGACCAAUCAAUGGGACGGGACAGCACUACUUUUCCUCAAAGGGGGGGAAAUAGAAAAAAAAAACGAACUUAACUGAAAAAAUCUCAAGCUUCUUCUUGUCUUCACCUUAAAGACUUCACUUCUGUAAAAGAAAGACAGACAAAAAGAACAAAAAAAAAAGAUGUUUUAUUUUUGUAUUUCAGGAUGACUGAAUAUUUCCUAACUCUUGGAUUCUUCUGGGUUGAUGUCAUUGUGCUAACGUGUCUGUCAUGUUAUUUAUACUGGAUACACUAAAGGACCUCUGAGAGAAACUGUCGCCGUCCUCCUCGGCCACGUUUGAACUGAAGGCGAUGUUAUAAAAAUCAGCCAACUAGAGAUUUAUUGGAAUACCUGUCCCCUUUUUUUGUUUGUGUUGCCCCUGACAACGCGGAUCCCAUACUUUCCACUGGAAUCGGACACCAUGGAGACGAACCGGAGAGAGGUGGCAGUCGCAGGUGACUCUGUGCUGCCGGGAUAACUGUGUAGCUCUGAGUGCAAUAUGUUACAGGUCUCUCUCUUUCUCUUUCUCUGCCUCUCUGCUUUGUUUUUCCAUAUGUCUCUCAACCUCAGCUCCACUGGCGGCUCCAGGAAUGCUGUGUGUGAUUCCCUUGACGUUUCCUGUGAUUCAGCUAAAACACGACAUGCUUUGACUAGUCGGGCACCAGCCGUGGCUUUAGUCUUGUUUAAACAGCUAAAAAGAAAACAAUACAAACAAAAAUAUUACAACUGAUGUGAUUCAUAACUCCACUAAGUCUUCCAUCACUAUGUAUGCUAAUCCCUCUUGUCGCCCACUUUCAUAACAGCUCUUCCUCAAAGAAAAGGAUGAUUCUUUGAGUGUGAGCUAGCUAAUAUUUUUCGGGGCUGGUGAUGAAGACGUCCUCUACCUCCUUGUUCUUCUGUGUUUAUCUUCACCUAGUCUGACUGUCUGUGCUCAGUUAAUCUCCAGAACCUUUCAGACGCUCUUCUGUUUUUUCUCUUCCAAAAUCAUCUUUCGACCGUGAGCUCAUCUAUGCUCCAUUUCACACUCGACACACUUUUAGGAAAGUUUAUCCCCGUGCUUGUUUUGUGAUCUGCAGACAGGAAGACUGUAGCCCUUUACUUCCUUAAAUCCACAUUUGACAAUUAAGACUUCUCCUCAGAAACCCAGAUUUCCCGAGAUUGUGGGAAUAUGUUCUGAAAAAAAAGGGGAAUAGUCUGUGCUUCUAUCAUUCCCUCUCUCACUGACGACAAACUCCAGCCUCUUCUCACCUGUAGUGUGUAUUCACCUGUUUCCGGGCAGGGUUUUGUAUGAGUUGCUACUAACAACAGCGAAAAAUAAUUUUAUGACUAUUAUUAAAAUAUUUAUUGCCUCCUUUUGUAAAUAAAAUGUGAUGAGUUUUAUUUGGCCUCUGUUAAUAAAAUGAGGACUAUAUUUUAAAAACUAUUUUAUGUGUUUUUAUUGCACUGGAGAAAGCCUGGUUCAGGAUGGAAUUCAACAAUGUGAACGUUGAUUAUCAUACUUCCUUAAAGAGAAAUGCUGCAGGUAGCCAUUGGUUGGACAUAGAGUACAUUCCCUUCUCCUCAUACUGCCAAGGUAUGCAUUUUUAUAUACAAACCCAAAGUGUGAGGACUGCUUUUAAGGUCAGACGUUUUUAAAUUGAGAAAGCUCUAUUGCAACAUCUCUGCAGGCUUUGUAUAUCACCAUGAAGGGCAACAAGAGUUCACGGUUUGUGCUUUCUUAAAACCUCAAUAUCAUAACAUAUUAUACAAAAUAAUUGGGCCAAGAAAGUAAAAUGUAUCUUUGUAUGUGCUCCUUCUUUUUUAAGUGUCAAUAACUAAGAUGCACAUGUAUUAAAGGGGCCCUAUUAUGCUCAUUUUCGAGUUCA